AUGGACAAUAAAGAAGCAAGUGAAGACGAAAGUGAGGAUGUCACGGAAGCAUCGGAAGCCCUGGAAGCUACGUCAUCCGUCAUAGAAGAUAUGGAAGUCGUCUGUGCUCAGCUACAACCGCCGAGCUGCCCAAUUGGACAGCCAAGCACACCAGUUUUUCGUCCAGCAGAUGUUGAACAAGUUAUAGAGCGGUAUGGGCAAUUGGUAGAAAAGUUUCAGAUUGCAAACUGUGAUAAGAACUACUAUCUGCUCUCAUUCCUCCAGCCCAGGGCAUUCUUUCGAAAAGAGAACGCACUCAAAAACCAAUAUUACCAGAUCAGUGAAAAACUUGUGCGAGCUUGUCCAUCAGCGGCGCUCCCUGAUGCUGGCUCCAGCUCCGCGACAUUAGCUGACCAUAUCAUGGCACAGUGCCGACAGUAUGUGCUUGCUCGUGUCGAAAUGAUCAGCAUCUACACCACAAUCGCAAGUUUAGCGAACGACCGAGUUAUUCUAUGGGAUUCCUUGCAUGCACGUGGAGUUCGGGUAUCAGAAAUGCUCAAAUCUUGUCAUCAUCACUCACUGUUUUCAAUGGCUCACCUUCUUUCUGGUGAAAUCGACGUUUUACUUCUGCUUGUCUCCGCACAAAUUCACAUCUCUAAUUGCAAGAUGUUUGAAAGCCUUCUUCAACUGAAGGAAAUCAGGGAACGAUUCGAUUAUUGGGUUCGCGAUUCGCAUUGCUUGAAUCCUGUCAACAAAUCGGUUUUCUACUUCUUCAGGUCGACUGAGAAACUGCCUCGAAAUCGUCUGAUAAAUUGGUUGAUUCAGUUCUACAAUUUGCUCAUGGCUAAAUUCUCCCUAUACUUUACAAAUGUACUAGCAAAUUUUUGUAGCGUGGACGACCUCAAGAUCAUUCACACAAUUGACAACGGAUAUAAUUUCAUAUCAAAUGCUACCCAAAUAGUGAAAAAAACCGACGCUGUUUGCUUAGCAAUAGUAAUGGAUCGAGAAAAUUGUACCGAAAAUUUCUAUGGUUUUGGUUAUAAUCGGCUAAAGGAUCGCUUCACUCCUGGGCCACCAACGGAGCCACGCAAGGGAUUAGCAGCGCUAUGUCCUGUCGUAUUUCGGUUGCCAUCUCCAGCGGAAGGACACAAAUCUGCUCAAUCACAUAACGACGUAUUCGAGAAAUACCAACCGCACAUAUAUGCUUUCAUUCAGUCGAACCUGCGAUAUCCAGCUAAAAGCAAAUAUAUCUACGAUGCGGAAAGAGAUCACUGCAUGUUCGGUGAUAUAGUCGAGGCGAAACUAUAUAUUGUGGUAGUGUAUGCUGGUCGAGUUUGUGAGAAGGACGCUACGAUGCUGACAUUCAUUCAGCAGAUGACCACCUCACUGAGGGGAUCUCGUUUAUUCCUAUCAUUAAAAAAUGCAGCCAAAGUAUGGGAGAUUGCAUCGAUUUCCAUGUGA